GAUUUCCGCUAUCUUCGACGGUGCUGUCCAUGUCACCGUCGCUGGGUGCCUCGGAGCAUUCUUUUUCAAGGAAACUGUGGUGGAUUGCACGUCCAAGGUCGUUAAAGAAGCGGAGAACGUUACCGCCGGCCUCGUCAUAUCCGAACUCUGCAUUUCUGUUGCGGUCCUAGCUCUGGUUUCCCACAAGACCGCCCGCAUACUCCUCAGUAAAGAUGUCCCAAUUCCCUCCGAAGCAUACUUUGGCCAAACUCAACGUUCCUCUCAUUUGCAACAAAACGUCCGAUUUCUCUAUUGCAACAGAAUCAAUCUCAUCAAAUCCAAUCGCAACCGAACCUUGCAGUAUUUCUUCAUUCGCAUCAAUUUCACCGAAUCUAAUCGCAAACGACUCCUGCUGCACUUCACCAUCUACAUGUACACUAUGCACCCCACUCCUGCCGACUUCGCCAAUUUGGAACGCCAAGCGCCUCUCAAUCGAUUCCGACACUACCCUCGUCGACCACGAUGACGAUUUCGUGAAGGACUGCUCUGACGCAGGCCUUCAGGAAAGCAUUUUCCCCGAGGACGACAGCGACUGUUCCAGUGGCGACUUACUCAGGCUCCUAGGCACAAAAGCACUCACGAUCGAUGACUCGAGUGGACCCUCUCAGCGGACACAGCUCCAGCCAAUCAUCCUCAAGGACAGAUACCGGACGACGUCUGCAGUCACCGACGUUCCGCCUCUCGUGGACGCCUCGCCUCUAACGACCACGAGGCUUUCUCUCGGCAGCAUCCCACCUCAGAUCGUCACCCCCCGGCUGAAACCCCCGGAUACGAAACGGCAUCACAGUUUCCGCCCGGGUAGACACAAGCACGAAUCUAGAUCCGCUCGCUUGGCUGCUGCCCGUGACAGCAUGAAGCACGCUCGCGCCAAGCAACUAGAACACAUCACUAUGAUCGGUGAGUGAUUUCCGGUGACGUUCGCUCCGCUUGUUGAUUUUCAUAUAGAUCACCUUGAACAACUCCAUGACGAGCUCCUCGCCGACCAAGCCGCUCUUGUUGACGGUUGGGCAGCUGCCAUGGCGCAGCUUGGACUCACCUCUAUGCUGUCACCUGGACCACCACUUCUGCACCAGACGAUACCCAACCCAGGAACCUCGAU